AUGGAGCCUGGGGCCUUGCGAGUAGUGAUUAUGGAUGCAAAGGAUAUGUCUACCGGUGAUGUCAAGCCAUACGUCAUUGUCCGCGUCGGCGACAAGGAGUACAAGACGAAACAUUCGCACAAGACGGCGACGCCAGAAUGGAACGAAUCAUUCACAUUCUCCGCUUCUCCUGCGGCACAACCUAGGCUGCAUGCAUGGAUUUACGACCACAAAACGUUGGGCAAGGAUAAGCUGCUUGGAUCUGCCGAGAUUGAUCUUUGGCGACAUCUCCAGCACGGCGCAGGGGUUUCCUCGGCCGACGUGCAUGCAGAACUGCGUGAGGGUCAGGGCAAGCUCCGCCUUCGUCUUGAGUUCGACCCGGAAGCAAUCAGUCCUACACGUUCGCGCUCGUCCUUCCAGUCCACGGAGCGUCCACCCGUUUCGUCACCAUCGAGGUUCAGUCUCAGCCGACGGAGAGGAGCGGAUCGUGACGAUUAA